AUGGGUUUCCUCUCGCUCAAGAAGCCCGACGAUGAGGUCGGUGCCGCAUGGCCUUCAAUUAUGGUCGGUGCCUUUGCCGCCUUUGCUGGUAUUCUCUACGGUUAUGAUACUGGUACCAUUUCUGGUAUUCAAGAGAUGCCCUACUGGAUCAAAGAAUUCAACGACCCUGCUGCCCACGGAAAAAUCUCCCUGAUCGUCUCUAUUCUCUCCGUCGGUACCUUCGUCGGUGCUUUGGCUGCUGGUCUCAUUGCCGACUGGACUGGUCGCAAGUGGGGUAUCAUCAUCUGUGCUGCUAUUCCUUUCAACCUCGGUGUCAUUCUCCAAGUCGCUUCCACUGAGCAGAGCAUGUUCAUUGCUGGUAGAUUCUUCGCUGGUCUUGGUGUUGGUCUCGUCUCUGUUCAGAUUCCCAUGUACCAAGCCGAGACUCUACCCAAGUGGAUUCGUGGUUUCAUCAUCGGUUCUUACCAACUGUGUAUCACUAUCGGUCUGCUCAUCGCCUCUCUGGUCAACAAUGCAACCAAGGAUCGCAACGACACCGGCUCAUACCGUAUUCCUCUCGCCAUCCAGUUCGCCUGGUCGCUCAUCCUCUGCUUCGGCAUGCUCAUGCUUCCUGAGACCCCCCGUUUCUUGAUUAAGAAGAACAAGCCCGAGAAGGCAAGAAAGUCGCUUCACUUCCUCCGCCGUCUUCCCGCAGACCACCCUGCCAUUACCGCUGAGCUCGCCGAAAUCACUGCCAACUACGAGUACGAGCUUUCUCUCGGAACUGCCUCUUACGUCGAGUGCUUCAAGGGCAACACUGGCAAGCGUACCUUCACUGGUAUUGCUCUCCAAUCUCUCCAGCAACUCGUCGGUGUCAACUUCAUCUUCUACUACGGUACAUCCUACUUCAGCAGAAACGCUCCUGCCGACCCUUCGAUUCAAUGGCUGCCCAGCGCUUUCAUCCUCUCCGUCAUCACCAACGUCAUCAACGUCGUCUCAACUUUCCCUGGUCUCUGGGCCAUUGACCGCUUCGGUCGUCGUCCCGUCCUGCUUGUUGGUGCUCUCGGCAUGGGUAUCUCGCAGUACAUUGUCGCUGCUGCCGGUGUCGCCACUUCGCCUACCGACUACACUUCGGCUUGCGCUCAAUUCGCCUUCAUCUGUAUCUACAUCUUCUUCUUCGCCUCCACUUUCGGUCCCGCCGCCUGGGUCGUCACUGGUGAAAUCUUCCCUCUCAAGGUUCGCGCCAAGUGUCUUUCCAUGACCACCGCCGCCAACUGGUUCUUCAACUGGCUCUUGGCCUUCAUCACUCCCUACCUUACUGAAGUCCAGUAUGCCAACCUUGGCCCCAACAUCUUCUGGAUCUGGGGUGGUUUCUGCUGGAUCGCCGUCGUCUUUGUCUGGUCCUUCAUCUACGAGACCAAGGACUUGUCUCUCGAGGAGGUUAACGAGCUUUACAAAACUGUUGGCAAGGCAUGGAAGAGCAAGUCUUACCGUCCCAUGAUUGCUCAGUCCAACGGCGAUUGGGAUGCUGCUCGCACCAAGGCCGAGGCUGAGGGCAAGACUUCGCACGCUCAGAGCGAUGAGAUGCUCGAGAAGGCAUAG